UUUUAUUCCAUUCUUACUGACUAAUGAUGUCUGUGUAUUUGAAUAUCUGACUGGAGGAGCACAGAGCAAGGAAGGUAGUAGAAUGAGCGGCGGGAAGGGCGAACAAGGAUGGCGUUACACAUGGGAAGCACAGUCCCAUAUCCCAACGAUACGUUUAAUGGUCUUCCCCAACGACAAAACCCUAAACCCCUCUCUCCAAUGCCACGACCUCUCCAUCAACCUUCACUCCUCACACUCUUUCCUCACUCUCACAGCUUUCUCCCUCUCCCUUAGGGUUCCGAUUCCAGCCGUCAUGCUCGAUGCCGACUCUCCAGUAACAUUCCGCGCACUUUCCGACCACAUCGAGGUCAAGCUCCUCCUCCUCCUCCCCGUCGACCAUCCCAUCCUUUCUUCCCUUCACCCUUCACCAACUCCGCUGCCGGACCCUCUCAUACCAGAAUCUGAUGUCAAAAAUUUAUCUUCUGCUGGAGAAGUUGACUUUUACUGCAGAACUUGCACCUUCAAGUUGACCAAAAUUCCUCUCAGGAAUUUUGUUGAAAUGCCAUCAGUGAAUUGGAGAGAAGUGGCUGACAACUGGUUUGGGGCUUGUUGUUGCUCUUUUGGAGGAAUAAGUGAGAAGAUGGUGAUGAGGUAUGUCAGUUCAUAUACAUGCAUGCCGGGGGUCUGUCUAUUAACUUCUGCUUCUAUCACUAUUUGCAAGGAUGAUCUUGUGGAAUAUAAUUUUCCAGAAGGGUGUGGAAAGCAAGAGUGUACUUCUGUAGCAGAAAACCCCAUAGAUGAUGUUAUCGGCAAACUCUCAAGGAGCUGCGAAUUGAAUGAUGAAAGGACUUCAACUUGCAGUAAUGAUGAAAGAACUUCAAUUUGCAGUGAUGAUGGAGGAGUGACCCUUGCUUUUGAAAGAAAUUAUAGGUUUGAACACUCUGAGGAUGAGAAGCUUUCUAUGAAUUCGAGAAGUGAAGUUGCAAAGAGUAAACCUGAUUCAGGUCAUUUCUCUGAUUUGCAUCCAGAUUCAAAUGGCACCAAAGAUGUCAUGGAAAUUCCGAGUUGUUGUGCUCAUAUGACAAACAAUCUUGGGGAUGAAGACAGUGAGCAUCAUUCAUGUGGAACUGCUGGAAGGGAAGGGAUGCCAACAGAGACCCUGGAAAUUCUGGAAAAUCAAAAGACUUUACUCAAUGGUUUUCUUGAAGAUAUUUUCAUGGCUAGAUUAUCGAAUCUUACGAAGGAUAUUGAUUGGCGUGAAUUUACAUGCCCUCAAUGUGCGUCUGUCAUUGGAGCCUACCCAUGUUGUGAGGGGCAUACACCUGUAGAUGGAGGAGUACGGCUAUUCAAAUGUUAUAUUUCAACCUGUUUGCCAUUUGGAGGAUCUGAGGACAUGUUCAGCAAAUAUACAAUGGGCAAAAUGUUUGCAAAUCGGUUGAUGGAGUGUGCAAAUGACGAAUCAUUAUUUCGGUUUGUGAUUAGAGAUCUAACAACCAAAUCCCCCGUUCUACAAAUCAUUCUUUUAAAUCCAGAUACUUGGUCUUGUUCUGGUAAUUGUUCUGAUACAGAAGACAAAGACCCAGUUCAUAAACUGAAGUUACAGCCCAUCAUCAAAGUGCUUUAUUCUGACUUCCACAACGCAACAGCAUCUCAAUCAAGGAUUAUAGAGGAAUGGGCAACAAAGAAUUCGGCUGAAAGCAUUUUCAUGUCGACUCGUCAGACACAAGAAUUGGUGGGAUUGUUCAUCUCAGCAAAAGAUUUAUAUCCACCUUCAUGUACUUCUUUCCAAGGUUUAAUUUUGUCGUCUUUGCAAUGGUAGUAAUAUAUUCAUUACCUAAUUUUGCAACCAAAGUUAAAUAGGGCUGAGCCCUUAAAUGCAUACUUAAAAGUUUUAUUUUGUAUGAA